UUACAAUCAUCAACAAUUAUCUGUUGUAUACUAUUUACGCAGAGACUUUAGAAGUCAUGAAUUAGUUCUAUUUUAUUCACAUCAAUAAAUAAGAUAAAAAGAGGAAGUAAUUAAUUGAUAAAGAUGAAUAGUCUACGAUCCGAUAAUGUAACAUCAAAACAUCUUGAACAUUUUAAUUACACAAAUGAUUUUAAAGAUUUUUCAUGUUUUUAUACUUCUUUACCUAUUUCAUUAUAUCCAGAAAAUAGUCCAGUCAUUAUGAAAGAUAUGUGUAAAUCAAGAAAAUAUAUACCGACUACAAUAAUUGCACCUGAUGGUUAUGUACCGAAUUCGCCGAUUCGGAUCAAAUUGAAAACUUUGGGAAAAAAAGAUUCCUCUGAUGAAAGUGCUAACAAAAUAUUGUCAUCUAUAGUUUCAACGAAUAAUGACCUAUUAACAGUUAACGUUUUAAAUAAACUACCUAAUAUAAUGAUCAAUAUGAAAACUGAAGAGAUUGACAAUCCAGAACGAGAAGUUGGCAUUAUAUCAACACAAUCUUGUAGAAAUGUGAAUAAAUAUGAUUUUAUAAAAGAACAAACAACUACUCAUUUGGUUGAACAAAUUAAAAGGCAGACCACUCAACAGUAUUUUGAAAUGAAAAGAGAUAUAAGUGCAAAUGAAAUGAAAAGAAAAACACUAGCUGAAUCAGAGCAUCGACAAGAAACUACACGAGUAAAAGAUAACAAUUUAAUUGAUUAUCUAAAAAGAAGCGAUGAGAAAACAACACAAAAGAAAAGUGGUACGAGAAUAAAUCAUACUCUUCCCACUGGUAUGGUUAAAGCAUAUUUACAACAAAUGAGUAAAGAAUGGGUUACACUUGCUAAUGUAAUGACAGUAAUUCAUCAAGCAAUUAAACAAGAUCAAUCAAGUAUUUAUUUACUGGAUAAGUAUUUCAAAUCAACAAAUAUUAGAGUUCGUAUGAUUAACACUAUAAUUAGUCCUAAAUGGACUUUUCUUUAUUUAAAUAGUUUAAUUGGUAAUCCACAAGAAUUAAUGGAACAUAUUGACAUCAUGUUAAACUUAAAAACAACUGUAGAUAUUAUGAAUAGUAUGAGAACAAAAUAUGAAGGUUAUUUAAGAGACAAACAACAUUUAGACUUAUUUUUAUCUUCAUUUAAAACAACAAGAAAUAUACUACAAAAUCAUUUAAUCAAUAUAGGCCUACAUAAAGAAGAAGCUUAUAUGAUAAUAUACAAAGCUAUUUGUAAUGAUAAUGAUGCUAAAUGGAAGAUUAGCCAUUUCAUGAAUAUAAAAUUCCCUCAAAAAUUAAUUGAUGCAUUAAUAACAUGCAAUAAAAAGAAAUUGAAAAAUUUAAUUCAUAAAUCCAUUCAAAGAUCUAAAUCAUCUUCAAAAAUAGUUUCUUUGAAUUUACCACCUUUAGAAAGAUUAUUAAAUGAUGAUAAUUCUAUGAAGGAAUUGAAUGAAGAUAAAAUAAAAAAAGAGUAG